GCGGCCGUUGCAGGGGGGCCUGGCUCCGCUCCGCCUGCGUUGCGCUCCGCAGGCUCCGUGUGGGAGCGGCGGUUCGCCUUCUUCAGCGGGCGGGAGUUGCGGUGGCUGUGUUCGCGCGCGCCCUGCUCGCAGCCAUGUGUCCGGCGAAGAAACCGCUGCAGAUCCAAGAGGCUUUCCAGCUGGCCCAGAAGCCCCACCAGAACCGCGCGAAACUCAUCGUGGCUUUGAAGAGUACCUACAGCCAGUUGAAAGAUAAGGAAGACUUCCAUGAAAAAUUCAUUCAUUUCCUGAAGUACGCUAUGAUAAUCUACAAGCGGGAGCCAGCCGUGGAGCAGCUGAUCGAUUUUGUAGCUAAAUUCGUGACUUCAUUUUAUCAAACAGAGGAAGAGGAUGGUAGCGAGGAAGGAGAAGAAGACAAUUUGCUUCUGAAUUACGUGUUUAACUUUCUGCUUCAGUCUCACGAUGCAAACAGCCAUGCAGUUAGGUUUCGAACAUGCCAGCUUGUUAAUAAGAUUUUGGGAAACAUGCCAGAGAAUGCUCAGAUUGAUGAUGAAUUAUUUGAUAAAAUUAAUGAAGCUAUGCUGAUUAGACUUAAAGAUAAGUUUUCAAACGUGAGAAUUCAAGCUGUUUUGGCCCUGUCAAGGCUUCAAGAUCCUAAGGAUGAAAACUGUCCUGUUGUUAAUAUUUACAACACGUUGCUUGAAAAUGAUUCAAAUUCAGAAGUGAGGCGUGCUGUGCUGUCAUGUAUUGCUCCAUCAGCAAGGACUUUGCCAAAAAUUGUAGGGCGUACUAUGGAUGUAAAGGAAGCUGUCAGGAAGCUAGCAUAUGAGGUUUUGGCAGAAAAAGUUCACUUGAGAGCUCUGUCAAUAGCACAGAGAGUAAAAUUGCUGCAACAAGGACUUAAUGACAGAUCUGAUGCUGUUAAGGAAGUAAUGAAGAAAUUGCUUCAAGCCUGGUUGCAAUUUACUGAAGGGGAUGUUUUAGAAUUGCUUCAUCGACUGGAUGUAGAAAACUGCCCAGAAGUGGCUUUCCCAGUACUGAAGACUGUGUUUUCAUUGUCCCCGCUUAAUGACUGUGUUCAGAACUGUAAAUACCUUGACGACAGAAAACUGAUCCCACUGGAAAACUUAACAGCUGAGAAUGUGUUACACUGGAGAUGUCUUUGUGAACAUCUAAAGUCAAAAGGUGAAGAAGGUGAAGAUUUGCUAGAACAGAUGUUGCCAGAACCAGCCAUAUAUGCAGAUUAUUUAUUAAGUUACAUAGAAAAUAUGCCAGUUCUUGGAGAAGAACAAAGAGAAGACUUCGCUUGUUUUGAAAACCUGAUGACGAAAGAGUUUAUAGGCCAGCAACUGAUUCUUAUUAUGGACUGCAUGGAUACCACUGAAGAGGGAGGAAGAAAGCAUCUGUUAGUUCUUUUAAAAAAGAUUCUCAUUCUGCCUACAACUUCAACAGCCCUUGUAUCUCCCCUUGUGGAAAGAUUACUUAGGAUCAUUAAGGAUGAUGCCAGAAGGAUUCAAAUUAUUGCAGAAAUUGUCUCAGAGGUUCGCGAGCCAAUUGUUUCUGUUGAGCAGCCCGUUGAUGCCUCUGAAAUAAGAAAGCAACAGAUUAAGUUGGCUGAAAUAAAAGUGAAACUUUUUGAAGCAAAAGCAGCUUUGGAAGAGUGCGUUACUCUGCAGGAUUUUAAUAAAGCAUCAGUAUUAAAAGACAAAAUAACUGAGUUGGAAAACACAAAAAAUGAUCUGAUAAAAGAAGCAGAGCAGUGUGAAAUGAAAGAAAUGCGUGUGGAGAAGAACGAUCCUGAGACACUGUUGAAGUGUCUACUGAUGUGUCAUGAGCUUCUCAAGAUGAUGGCCCUUUCUAAAGGAAUUGAUCCAACCAUUAAUGAAAUAAUAGAAUCUCUGAUACUUCCUGGCAUAACUAAUGUCCACCCAGCUGUGAGAAACAUGGCAGUUCUGUGUUUGGGUUGCUGUGCCCUUCAGAGCAAAGAAUUUGCUCGACAGCAUCUUGCAUUGCUGUUGCAGGCUUUACAAAUAGAUAAUAUAAAGGUAAAGCUCAGUGCUUUAAAGGCAGUUUUUGAUCAGCUGAUGCUGUUUGGGAUUGAGCCGUUCAAAGCUAGAAGAGACAAUGAGCCUCAAGGUGAGGAGGUACUUGCUGGAACUGAAAGUUGCGAGGAAGAAGGUGAAACAACAGAGAAGAAAGAAGAGACUGCUACAGUUCACAGCUUCCUGCAGCUUCUUUCUGGUUUCUUAGACAGUGAGUUUUCAGAACUUAGAACAGAAGCUGCAGAAGGCAUUGCCAAACUGAUGUUUUCUGGGAGGCUGAUAAGUGCCAAACUUCUUUCGCGCCUUGUUUUGUUGUGGUAUAAUCCUGUGACUGAGGAGGACACUCAACUUAGGCAUUGUCUGGGAGUUUUCUUCCCUUUAUAUGCUUAUGCAAAUAGAUCGAACCAGGAAUGCUUUGAGGAAGCUUAUCUUCCAACUCUGCGAACGCUGCUAAAUGCUCCUGGAACUUCACCUUUGGCUGAAAUAGAUAUCAGUAACGUUUCUGAGUUGUUGGUGGAUCUGACCAGACCGAGUGGACUGAGACCUCAGGCGAAAAAGUCUCAAGAGUAUCAGGACUUAACAGUGCAUGAUAAUUUAGCAUUGAAAAUCUGCAAUGAAAUCUUGAUGGACCCAACUGCGCCUGAUGUUCGUAUUUAUGCAAGGGCUUUAAGUUGGUUGGAAAUCAGUAGUUCUUCCACAGAGAAUCUUCUGCUUCUACUUGAGGAGAUUCUAGAGAAAGUGAAAGAUAAAUUAUGUCAAAGAGCUAUUGAGAGGAUCAAGAAGAACUUGAGCAAAAGCACAAAUGUGAGCAAAGAUGACUCCGAAAGGACAGAGGAAACGGGGAUCUCUGAAAAGACACAGGAAAACGACAAGACAUUGUCUGCAAAUACUAUUGAAAGUGAAGAAGAAAAUACUAAAGAUGUUCUUCAUACUCCAGUUAAGGAUGUUAAAGAAACUGCAAAACUGAAAUCCACAAGAAACAAAACCGGCAGAGGACAACGAAAAGCAGCAGUGGGAACAAGGUCUGUGAGCAGAAGAAAAACUGGCACAACUGUGAGAUCUGGGAGUGAAAGCGAUGAUGAAAUUCCCGAAUCAGUCCCCGUGCCAAGUUCGAGGCCUUCAAGACGAGCAAAAACCGUGGCACUCGAAAAAACAAGAAUGAAUCUUUCAACCCUUCUGCGCAGGGAAUCAGAUGAAUGAAGACAUAACAAGAGAAAAUGGCCCUUGCUAAUGCUACUUGUCAACAGCAGACUGGAAAAAUUAAGAUUUAUUUUGUUGUGUCAUUUAACUUUUUCAGUAUUCGAUCAUUUAUAACUCCAUAUUUUUCUAGAAACUUUUAUUUUUUUUAUCGAUGCUUUUGAUUAACUUCCCCGUAUCAAGUACAUCAUUCAUGUAAUAAGAAUAUAUUAAAAUAUUACCUGAAGAAAAAAGGUGGCUUCUUACUUGCAAAUGGGAAUUGCUAUUGGUGGUAAGUAUUUAACAGCUUGUUUGAGAUUACAAUUUUUAAACGUACUUAAUACUCACAUUAUAUUUGACAUCAUUCAGAGAGAAUGCUUGACCUGGAGCGGCUCCGUGAUGGCAGCACUUCUGAAUGUACGGUUACCGCACCUGCUGUCCUUCCUUCUUAGCCCGCACGUCUGCUGUCUCUGAGGAGGCUUUUAUGGUUCGUGUUAAUUGGGAAUUCUGCUUCUUGGAGAUAAACGUCUGCUUUAUUUUAAAUAACAUCAAAAUGGCAAAGCCAUAAUUAACUCUACAAAUCAAAGCCUGGAAGCCUGCUACUGACCUAGCGGGGGGGGCAGGAAAGGAGGAGACGCUUCCCUCGCUGAAGUGUGAAGGCCAGGCCGCGUGGGGCCCUGGGCAGCUUGUGGGAGGGAGCCCUGCCCACGGCAGGGGCUUGGAACUGAGCGGGCUUUAGGGUUGGGACCUUUCCAACCCAAACCAUUCUGUGAUUCUGUGACCUUGGCCUUGUUAUAUAAAAUUGCUAAUGUGUUUUUAGAAAAGCAUAAAGUAUCAAAUAAGUCUCCAAUAAGGUAAGGGUACAGAAAGGGCAAGAAAAAAACAAAAACUUUAUAAGGUUCUGCAUACUGUCUGUUUAAAGUGGCAGACAAAUGUGAUUUCUGUGACUCUGAAGAUCACAGAGGUUUUUCUAAUGACAUAUUUAGGCAUAGUCAAAAGUUUUACAGAGACAAUAGAAGAUUAACUUUAAACUGUGCCAAAUAUGCACUAUUGGCUGAGCAUACUCAUUCUGGAAAUGUUCGGGGUUUGGUUUGGAAACGCUCCAUCGAUCGUAUCCUUCUGCGUUACAAUUUAAUUUCCAAGGCAGUCAGUCAAAACUUACGUUGAUUGUUCAACGUGCACAUGUCACUGCAGCUUUCUAAGGAAUUUGUUUAAAAGAGACUUACGCGUUGCUAUGAUCUUUGGUAUUUCUCUGAAAUGGCUUAAGGACAAAGCAAGUGAAAAGUAGCAUUCCCAAAGCAGCGUGCCCCAACUACUAUGCUAUUUUCAAGUUUGCAUACAGAAUGGAGACAGGACUAUGUUCCUUUUCAUCCCUUUUCAGUUUUUGUUGGAAAUCUUUCAAACCACAACAUGCCAUGACACAUUUUUGUGCUGUGAUAUUUGCUAUUCAGAGGCUAAUGUAGCUAUGAAUUAUUUUUAUUCAUCAUUUCAAAACUGAAUUUUGAAGUUUUGAGUCCCCUCUUUACUAGUUCUCCUCCAUCAAAUGGUGUUUCUACUGUGAGUUUGCAUGCAUGCAACCACUUGAGAUCAAAGACAUGGCCUUGAAUGCUACCUGAACUUAGUUCAAAGGGUUGAAGAACAUCUUUCAGAUUUUUCCAGGUGACUGUCCGUCAAAGCUUCCCCCACGCUUUCAAUACUGUUGUUUUUAACAAUAUAUAUACACACAUAUACGUGUAUUUAAUUUCACAUAAAGCAUGUUCUCUCUCUUGAGAAUGAGUAGUUCACACUUCUGCCACUCAUACACUAUCAACAGCUGCUGCUAGUCCAUUCUGUUUUGGUUAAAAUGAGUUUCUAGGAAGAACGAGCAAUAAAAACAUUUAAAGGCUUCUGUGAAUGCUUUCCUGAAUAAAUGGAAGAUCUUCAGUUUUGCCUUUUUCCCUUGUUGUGCCUUGCCACAUAUGCAGGUUCUGUCCCUGGAAUCUCUUCAGGAAUGCUGUACUGAAAGAUCAGGUUUCCCUGAAGCCUCAGUCAGUGGAUCUCAGCUGUGGAUAUGGUUUCACUGGUGUGUGCUAACAAAGACAGACAUUGACAAACGAGUGAAUUUAGGGGAGGCCCUCAGCCUGGUUGGGGCUGGAGAGCUUGCCUUAGGAGGAGGAGCUGAAGGAGCUGGGCUUGGGCCCAGAGAGUUUGGGAAGACCCCGGUUACCUGCAAGGAUGUGGAGCCUGGCUCUUCGUUGCUGCACAUCAUGGGAGGAUGAGAAACAAUGGGACUGAAGUCAAAACUCAGCCCAGAUAUAGGGAGAAAUGGGCAACUGGACAACUUGCGCCAAGUGGCUGUGCAGGGUCAGUCCUAGGAGGUUUUUAAGACCCGACUCAGUAGACCUGAGUAACUUGGUCUGAUCUCACAGCUGCCCUGGCUUUGGGCGGGUGGUUGUGCUGUGGACCUUUCCAGGUUCAUCUCUGCCUGAAUUACCCCACAGUGCUCUUUCACGCUGGAAGAUGAAUCGGGAACCAGCAGGAAAUUUCUAUCCCCUUUCUGGGCUCUUCCCCUGCUAAGGGAAGGGUUUGCAGUGCAGUAGAAUAUACGGUGUGCUCUCAAAAAACUGCCUCAUCUGAGAAAGAUGACUGCUGAAUUAGAUGCGGAGUAUGGUUAGAUGUAUUUGCCACAGCUAAUCAUUAGCAAUAAUGAAGGUUGAUUGUCUUUGUUUACUUGCUUAGUCAAAAUCUCUGUAUACAAACUCUAUAAAAACUAAAACAUUUUCUCCUGGUGAGAGUUUCCUUUGGCCAACUUCUAACUGAAGAGUGAGUGCUGUACCAAGAACAUUUCUCUUUCUGGUUCUGUUCCUCGUUUGUUAGAAGUGGUUGGUGAGCUUGUGUUAUGCCUGUGCCUGACUAACUGAAAACUUCUGAACCCGUCAAUGAAUUGAAACUCAAUUUGACAUAAAGUAAUGGAUCUGAAUUUUUACAAGUUCAUGGAAAUAGACGCUUGGAGGAGAGACGUGUCUGUCAUGGAGAAGUUCUGAUGUAUAUUUUCUCAUUGAGAUAUUCUGAUAUUGAAGAGUGAGAAAUGCACGUGGUCUCUCCUUCAGGCACACAAGAAUAAAGGACAGGAUGCAUCAGUUCCACUCUUCUAAGACUUUCUCUAUUCCUUUUAGUUCACUGUGCUUCGUUGGUGCUUCACUGAAGUCAACUUCAGUGACUCUCAGGAAGUUUUAUUCUCAUCUUUUUGCCCCCAUGGAAUCCCAAUAUACUACUUGUUUAAGACACAUACAGACCAUCUAGAAGGUGUGAUCAAGAACGUUCAUGCUGUAUCUUGUCCUGCUCUGUGUGAUGUCUCGGUGCCUUGGUAUCCUUCAGGGAACUUCAGAGUUACUGUGUGAUUCACAACAAUUUUUAUAACUUACUUACAAAUGCAAUCCAGUAAUUAAACAAACUUCUGUAAAGAAGAGUUGUAUCUCUUUAAGUAAUACGCUAUUUUUAAGU